AUGUUCAAAAUUAAUAAAAGAUGCAACUCAAUAAGCUUAGCUUCCUCAUCAGUUUCAAGUGACCCAAAAAAAUCUAUCGCUCCUAGGAUGCGUGCUCAGGUUUCUUCAUUUCAGAGAAACUAUAUAAUACAUUCUCGAUCAUAUUCUCAGCUUUCAAAUUCUCAAAAGCAGAUGACUAUGAUUUCUACCAUGAAUUCUGAGGAGAGCCCAUUACGGCAGACUCAGACUUUUUCUAAUGAUAAUUCUCAGCCGUUUCAUGCGAAAUUUCGAUUAUCAUUUGACUUAUCACAAAACCAGAGAAUACAUGAUCUUUUAGGGAAAACUAUAACACAAGAGCUACAAACAUUGCCUAGCGCAGCUCAUAUAUAUAUUACUAAGCAAAGAUCCUUAAUGUGCUCGGCCCAAUAUAGCCCAGGUACGACAUUCAUCUUCCUGGGCUAGGAAAUUGCAAUGCAACUCCCUGAAUUGGUUCUCCAAAUCUUGUUAACGAGCCAACUCGGGGAGUUGGCAAACGCAUUCUAUCAGGUAUAUUUGUCAAAUCCCCGAGUUGGUUCCUCAAUAUGAGUUGGCGAACCAACUAGGGGAGUUGCCCUGCAAUUACCUAGCCCAGGAAGAUCUAAUAUGGUACCUGAGUUAUAGCAUAUUUACCUAUAAUUUAAUCUUUUAUUACAAAUUUACCCAAGCCCAAUUAACUAAUAAAAUAUAUAAAAAACCGAACUAAAAAAAUCGAGGAUUUAAUGGUCGAUUGCAAAGACCGCAUAGAUAAAGCUUUAGAGCAUGCCUCUCGUGAUAAAAACGACUAUAAUGAAGUUAUUUUUAAAAAUACCUACGAGCAUCCUUUAUCAAACAAAUUUUUUAGUUUUAUUAAAUCAGGGGACAUUAAAACUGUUAGAGAUAUGAUUAUUGAAAAUCCUGAAUUGCUUACUCCCCUUUAAAUUGGAACAAAAUUUCCUGUCUCAAUUUAAGGAGGUUUAAUUUUUUUAAUAUUAAAUUUCUCAAUAAAACUUAAAAAAAAUAAAAAUUUAUUUUAAAAUUUAACGUUUCAGUGUGAAAACUAUUUAAAUAAUAUUCUAAAAGCACUUUUUCCAUUAAAUUAAGUUAAGAUUAAUUUUAAUAAAAUAGUAUUUCCUAUCGAAAAAAAAAAUCAUUCAAAAAUGCAAAUUUUACCUAUACUUUGUUUUAAAGAGGGAGUUAGAACAGUUGACUCUGUAUGCAUUAUUUUAGACUCAGCAAACAGCUUUGCAUUGGGCCUGCAGAAGAAAUAAUUUAGAAAUGGCACAGUUUUUAGUUUCAUGCAGAGCAAAUAUGAAAGCUGUAGAUAUAGCUGGGAGAACUCCAGAAGACAUAGCGAAAAGACUAAACCAUAAAGAAAUUUAUCUGUUUUUAAAGUCAGCAGCUGUAAAAACAAGGAGAAGGAGUGUUCGAAUUAUGCCGGGGGCUGCAGCAUAUUUUGCUAUGAUACUUCAUAUAUCAUUAUAAAUUUUUUUUUUUAUUAAAUAUAAGUUGGUAUUUACUGUAAAUUUAUAUAAUAGAGGUUGCGGGAUUGACAUUUUGAGAAUUAAAAAAAGUGAUGCUGGAGUUGAAGGAAAGUUUACAAAAUUACAUAGAGCGCUGAAAAAACAGACAAAAACCAUUACAGACGCAUGGUCUAAAAGUUUGAAGUUGAAUCGGCUAAUUGAAAGGCUCAUACCUGAGAUUCCUGAAUAA